UUCUCAGCUGUGUUGAAACCGAAAUUUACGCGGACACACUCAUGGCGAUACACAAGUCAUGCCCACUGUUGGAGCAUAUUUCUAGAAAUUGUUGGGCCAGUUCGUGGUGGCUGACACCUGUGCGCGGCCGUCGAGGUACUGUUGGUAUCUCCCAGAAGGAGAACCCAGCGUUAUACUUGAGCCACUUUUCCGAGCUCAAGUCUUUGUCGAUCCACGGAUUUCGCGGCGAGAUUUCGCUGUGGACGAAGUUGAUUGUCAACAUAUUGCUAGAAAGUCCCAGUUUGACGGCGCUUGGUCUGUCCAUGCAUAUUGACACAAUAAUAACCCAACACGAACUAGACGGCUGUCCAGGCCGCCAAGGCAGCCAGGGUUGCUUGGACAAGUCGAUCUGCGUCCUCUUUCCAACCGUGUGUAGGGAAUACAUCGAAAAAGGUGGCCAGCCACUCCGGCUGCAGUCCCUGGUAUUAGGUCUUGGCAUGACUGUCAGCGACCAAGAGACCCCAAUUCACGACGCCGAGUUUUCAUUAGAGGGGGAGGCAAAAGUCGGAUCGACGGUACAAGCUAUCGAACAACUCAGCCGAGUCGUUGAUCUGUCGACCCUACGGCAUCUCUCCAUCUUUAAUCACCAAAUACACACCGGGCCUCACACGCUCUUCCACGCGCCCGUACAGCACUCGGACCGUGUCUGGUGUGUGAUUCUCACACAGAAGAACCUCUGCUCUAAGCUUGAUACACUAUCCUUCUCCUCUUACAAGCCUUCUUUGAACUAUGUGAUUCAUGAUACGGCGACAAUGGCACAUCUCGGGAUCCAAUUCGAGAGUCUUACCGACUGGACACGUUCUAGUACCAUCACCUUCGAGCCUCGGUGGGCCGACUUGCGGGGGGCCUGGGGGCUGUCUUUGCCGCUUGACCGCGAUGGCACCGCGCUUUCCCACAUGGAUGGCAGUACGGCGCUUCGGACUCUCAUACUCGACUCGCACUACCCGGUCAACGUGCAGAGAAACGGCGCCAUCAUCCGCGAGCUCCAGAAGCUGCCCAACCUUGAGCAUCUCUGGCUGCGGUGUCCAUACUGCGUGGACGAGACCUGGCAUUACCGUGUUCCCCAAAAGAUUCUUAGUUGUGUAUAUCUCGCCGCCAGCGACAAGACUGCUCGUCGUAUGUUGCAGCUGUGGGGAAACAGCGGUCGGCCAGUCGCGCAGAUGCGUUCUCAGACCUGGCUGGACUUUGGCUACGGCAACAUCGUCUCGCAUUGCAAGAAUCUUCGCUACCUCCGCACAUGUGACGAGAGACUGCGCGUGGUUCGAACAAAAGACAGGCACCGGUUUGAGCAACUGGGCCGGUGGGAGGAUGAGUUCGAGGCUCCCGACUUCUUCAGGGCAUCGGGGCGAGAAUGGGUGUGCGCCAAUUCAUGGCCAUCCAAGGAAACGUAUUUGCAUGCAUGAGAUCAAUUUUGAGCUACGUUGGGCGUGAGAAGCAAACAAGUGAGAUGGGCAAAUUAUAGGGAAUUUUGUCUAUGCCGCUUUCAUCUUUACAGGGGCAUAGUACCCCUUUCAAAACCUUCCCAAAUCCCAACUCAGACCCGACCUAAAGUAUCAUGUCCUCCCGCUCUUCAUGAACCCGUAGCCUCACGG